GACUAUAAGAUGAUAGACAGUAAGACCGUCGUCACCCAAGUUCAAGAAUUGCAGGUCAUAAUCCAUGAUCUCCUUGCUGAAGGAUUGGUUGUGAAUGAUGCUUUUCAAGUGGCUGCCAUUAUAGAGAAGUUACCUCCAUUGUGGAAGGACUUCAAAAACUACUUGAAACAUAAACGCAAGGAGAUGACUGUUGAAGAUCUCAUGGUAAGGCUGAGAAUUGAAGAGGAUAACAAGGCCGCAGAAAAGAGGUCGCGUGGUAAUUCAGCAAUAUCAGGAGUAAAUAUUGUUGAAGAAGAUCCCACAAAAUCAAAGAAAAGAAAGAAAACAUCUGGUCCAAAGAGCAAUCCUCCUAAGAAGAAAUUCAAUGGAAGCUGCUUCAACUGUGGCAAACGUGGUCAUAAGGCUACUGAAUGCAAGGGUCCCAAGAAGGACAAGAAGAAGGAUCAAGCAAAUUUGGCUGAAUCCAAAUGAGAGAUAGACGAUCUUUGUGCAAUGCUUUCAGAAUGCAACUUGGUUGGAAAUC